AUGGGGCUGUCCCCGUACCGCGGGCCGUAUACAUGGCACUUCGACAUCGACACAUAUCUCAACCCCAUCCUGCCGCCUUCUAUCUUACCGAGCCUUCCAUCCUACAUCAGCCACUUCCUUGGGUACCGCACCCACCCGCCACGACCGCUCGGCAACCUUGUGAUGGUCCUUUGGGCCGCCAUCGGGGUGUUCUGCAGUCUGGCCAUCAUCGGCGCCGUUUCCAUCAAUAUCCCAUCCAUCCAAGCGCAUGGAACGCCGACUGUGUUGGGGAGCUACGGUGCAGCAGCAGUUCUCUCCUUCUACGCAAUCGAAUCCCCCCUCUCCCAACCGCGCAACGCUAUCCUCGGGCAAAUCAUCUCUGCCGUCACGGGCAUCAUCAUCCACAACCUCUUUUCCCUCUCCCCACACUUCGCUGCCAUCCGCUGGCUCGGGGCCUCGUUAGCAUUGUGCCUUUCGUGCGGGCUGAUGUUGUGCGUGGCGCUGCUGGUGAAUAAUGUGCAGAGAAGGUUUCCGUUUUAUUGGUGGUCUCCCCAGGAAACUGGGAGCUUCUGGAGGCGUGCGAAGGUUGAUAUUGAGAGGGAAACUGGAAGGCCAGACACGGUUGAUCGGUCAGAGAGGAGGUUAAGGGAGAAGAAAGAAUACUCAGGACGAGGGGAGCAGCAGGCUGAGGAGGAGUUGACCUCUAGUUCGGGGGACCUUGAGCUUGGGAGAAGGGUGGCGAGGUCAGUUAGUCUUGAGCACGGAAGGGAAGGGGAGAUUGUGAUCAGAAGAGGGAGAGUACGUCUGCCGGAUGGGUUGAUGUUACGACCUGAAGAACUCUUGUUCCUGGAGACGCUAGGUGAGCGGUUGGGACAUCUUGGACACUCAGAGAAGCCGUAUUAA